AUGAUUCAUUCUAUUCAAGGCAGACUUGUUAUUGAAGAUGUAACACAAAGAACGGUAAUAUUAGCACUAAAAUUUCUCGAAACAAUAAUACGACUUUUAGAUGAGGAUUUGUCACAAAUCACAAUUCACGAUUAUUGGAGAAUUAAACGUGUGAUGAUGAGGAAACUUAUAGUAAGUACCAUAUUAAACACCAACAAAAGAACUGAAAUGAAAAUUUUGUUAAAAUCAGUGAGCAGUUUUUUCAGAAAAUUUUGUAAUGAUGUCAAUGAAUUAUCUCAAAAUCGUCUGUUAAAACAAGCAGAAUAUGCCCGUUUUACAUCAAGAAAGAUGAUUGCUUUGUUAUCUUUUUUGAACACCAGACAUGUAAGAUAA